GUUAAAGCUGUUGGCAUUCUAAUUGCAACAUUUCGUCUUUUUUGUAUUGGCAGUGAAUUUGUUGUCAUAGCUCAUAGGAGCAGUUUCACCAACCAACCAUGCCUCUUGGCAGCAGUUCGAUUCAGAAAACCUACUAUGACAUUCUAUCCAUGAAGGAAAAUGCUAGUUAUGAAGAUAUCCGUGCAAGCUACAGAUCUGCCAUCCUUAACUCUCACCCAGACAAGUUGCGUGGGAUAUCUGAGAUAUCCAAUCCUCACCAUGAAUCACAAGAAAAAUUUCUCAACAUACAGAAGGCUUGGGAAGUUCUCAGUAAUUCAAGUUCUCGUGCUGCUUAUGAUAGUGAACUGCAGGAACUGAGACGGGAUAUGGGAACUGCAGAAGAUGUUAGUUUGGAGGACAUGGUGGUAGAAGAUGUUGGAGAAGUCAUGGAGCUUUCGUACCAAUGCAGCUGUGGUGAUUACUUCUCCAUUAAUUCUGCAGAGCUAGAGGAGAUGGGAUAUUCAUUAGAUAGGAGUGAGAGUAAGAUACUAUUAUGGACAGUAGAUGCCUUGGCUUCAUCAGUUGUUCUUCCAUGUGGGUCUUGCUCUCUAAAAGUCCGCUUGACUAUUGAUGCAGAUACUAGUUUUUCCAGUUGAUCAGCAAAACUAGCUGCCUUGGAGCUAUUUUUUGACUGCGAGCUUAUCAGAACAAUUUUUCAGUCUGCCGAUGAUCUGCUUAACCUGGAGGGGGGGGGGAUUCUUGAUGAUCUGUUGAAAGCAAUUCUUUCAUUUGGUCAUGCAUUUAUAU